UAAAACUCAAAUGAUGGAGGCCCUUGAGAAGGGGUUGGACCGGCUGUGUCAACAUGACUAUGCCUAUGAGCGAGAGCGCCUGGAAUGGGAGAAGGAGGUGGAAAGGAAGUGGAUGGAACUAGAAAACAAAAGAAUGGGUCGAGACUCUCUGUGGCUGAACUGGCUGGAAAGUUCGCAUCUCCCAUUCCUACAGCAGAUGAAGUGAACAAGCCUGUACGGAGGAGACCUCCACGCACACUGCCACUUCCUGGCAGUAAUGAUGUGGCUCAGGGUCAGGACGAGCAGAAAGCAGAAGUGGAGUCCCACCCGCCGAGAAAGAAUCGAAACUCUGCCCUCAUUGAGAAACUACAGGCAACUCUUUCACCAACAGCCCUCUUGCCUUCCCCAUUGAGUCCAGGAGCUGGGAAACCACAGCUGCCAUUUUUUCCACCUCACCCACCCUGUGACCCAGGAAACUCAACCUCAGCAUCCAAACUGAGCCCAACAGAGGCCCCAGCCAGCUUCGAGGCCCCUGCGGAAAGCACUGUCCUUCUAAGCGUCAACAAGGGUCGUGCUCGUCAUUCUAUCAAACGCCGUCCGCCAUCUCGCCGACUCAGGAAGUCCAGUGGGGAGGAAGAGGAAAAGACCUCCUCACCUGUCUCUGGUCCGACAACUCCAGACGGAAAGGAGAAUGAUGUGUUUGAGAAGCAGAAGGUGGAGAAAGAGGAGAUUGAUGGUACUGACUCAGCGUCUGCUACGUCUGAACAACAGCAAGAUCAAGAGCAAUGUGAAGCCUCAGCGGAUUCAGAACAGCAGCCCUUAACUUCAACAGGAGGAGAAGACGAGAGCAAGGAGUGUGUUGUGUUAGCUGAGAACAAGGAGACACUAGACGAGGAGAUGAAGUCUGAGCAACCUGAGUUAGACAGCAGUAAAGAAGAAUCCAUAAAACAAGAGCCUGAUGACGAGACAGCCAUGGAGGCACAGAGUGAGCCAGCAACAGCAACAGAUGACAAAAUAUAAUGGGAAGUGAAAAAAGAGAAAGAAGACAGAGGAAUGUAAAUGCUCCAAGCAAUGAAAAUAGGAAUUCUGCUCAAGGGAUAGUUCAGUAAAUCCAAGCCACAUGGGAGAACCACAAGGGUGAAACAGAGGCCCAAUAGUAAUGUGAAUAAAAUGCCAUGAAACCUUCCAACAAAGCUUUAUCUCCAGUUAAAGCUUUUGGCCAUAUAUAUAUAUAUAUAUAUAUAUAUAUAUAUAUAUAUAUAUAUAUAUAUAUAUAUAUAUAUAUAUAAUGUGUGUGUUAAAGUGCAAGUUCAUCACAAAGAGGAAAGAAAACCAUUUUUUCUUGUACAGCUUUUUUUUUUUAACAUUUUGCUAACAUCUUUUUUUGUGCUGGUAGAAUUAUUUCAGAUUCAGUAUUUGAUGGCAUUUUGUAUAUACAUUGCACUAAAGUUGUUGUUGUUGUUGUUGUUGUUGUGAAGGAUGGAUGGAUAGAUGGAUGGAUGGAAUAUUCUAGUGAAGGAUGGAUGUUGACAUGAACCUGCUUUUUAUUUAAACUCCAAAACACUGGGAUUUAGAGCAAGUGUAUAGUGUGUUGCCAGAUACAGUCAGGUAUUAUGUUAAAAAUCAAUGUUUUAGUCAAAUAAUAAAAUCACAGACGUACAUGUUCCAAGGAUUAACAGCCAUAGGAGUGAUAGCUGAAUCGUGCUUUAAAGUGCAUUAAAGUUGAUUUUCACCCUUAAACUAAAGCAAGCACAAUCUUGAACCUGUUUGAACGUGACACGAUGUGUGUGUUGUCAAGAAUUUAAACAUUUGACAAUAUUUCUGCUUUCCAAAAUAUACCUCUCUGAGUUCUACAUUGAAUGAAUCAAAGGCAGUUACCAUAUCAAAAAGUAGUUAGCAGUUUAAUAAUCAUACACUGGAAAUACUUCCAUUUUAGUCUUUUUUUUUGCACUGUGAUGUUUUUUUUUAAGUAUGUGAAUAAAAAAACUUGCAGUUAUGUGUACGUCA